AUGCCGUCGAGGCAGACAGUUCCAGUGCGCUCCGCUGUUUUGCAGUCGGAACGUUCAGGACGCGAUGGUGCUGUCAUGCCGCGACAAGGUUUGGCGACUUCUGUCAAGUCCGAGGUGACCUGUGACAGUGCAAACGAACAAAGUGGGAGGGCGCCUUGUCCCAGAGGGGAUUAUGGCGAGAGAAUCUCGGCGCAGAUUCUCCACGCGAUUGAACAGAUUUCCGAACGAUCUCUUUCUGGGUCACUCGUUAGCAACUACGCGCUCCACCGGAACGCUCUGGAAGAAACUGCAGAAAAAUUGGACGAACUGACCAAUCCAGCGACGCGUCAUCCUGCGACAACCCGACCUGCUGCCGCAUCCAGGAGUUCAGCCGCUGCCGUUCGAACCGUGCCGUCGUCGACUUUUCCGUCCUUCCAACCGCGGCGUUCUGCCGCCUCACGCCCCAGGAGUGAGGAGCGCCCGCCCGCGGGAAACAGCGGAGGCAGCGACAGAGAAGAGGGCGCCAUGACCCGCACACACCACCGCGAGGCAUCCUCGGGGGAGUCGAGAAAUCUCCCGGUGCCCCGAACGUCAGAUGAUGUUGAACUUGUCAGCAGCGGCGAUCGACUCGACAACGCAGCUACACGGAAUGAUGCGCGGACUGAUGACGCCACUGCUAGCAGGGGUGCACGACACAGCUCGCGGGAGGCCCCUUCCCGUUCCGCCGACAGGGGUAACAGGAAGAAAACAACCGACAGCAGCCGGCCUGGGGAACCGGUUCCCCAGGUGGAUGCAGCUGCACAGCCCCCGGCCCCGAAAGCCAGAGACUCCCGUUCCCGCCGACCUGCUUCAACUGCUCUGGCCGACGACUCUCGUCGAUCACGGGAAUCGGGGCCGCUCAAACGCCUCCGAGGCCCGAACGGUCGGUUCCUCAAGCGGCCUCCCGGUGGGCGGUCGGCGGCCUUGAGGACCCGAGUGCGGGGCGAUUCGGCAAGCGGCAAACUCACGCCGAGCCGUCCAGCUCAUCCCGCGGGAUCCGCAGCCAGCACCGAAGGCGAACCGCGAGCCAGUGCCGCGCCGGCCGGAGCCGACCGCGCGCCGCCGAAGCCUGCUGGCGUCGACGGUAAGACAGGCCGGAGAGCGGCAAGCAGCGCACGUUCUGAGACGUCAGAUACUCCUGUUGUGGAGACGACAACCCUUGACUCGACUGGGUCAGCGGGCGUGCGUGCCGGGUCCUCUCGUGCGCUCCAGGGAUUUGAUUCAACGCGAUCCACGGCAGAUCCACGCGUCCGUAGUUCGCGCGCAACCGAGAGUGCCCCUGUGUCGGACGAAGUGUCUGUACAGCCAGCGGCCGAGGAAAACCCCGGACCUGCAGAAGCCGCUCGAAUAGUUGAGGCGAUCUGCCGGGCUGUUUGUGCUCUCCAAGAUCUCCGUGCGGACCCGAGUGAGACGAGCGGACAGCCUGAAGGCGGCGGAGGCUUUUGGGGCUGUCUCUGUGUUGGCUGGGGGACUCCUCCGCCCAGCGUUUCACCUGGCUUCAUGACGCAGGCACAGUGCUCCUCCAGGUUUCAGUGGAACAUAGGACGCGCACCCUCGGCUUCGGGGCCUUCCACAGGCGUGCCGCCUACGGCAGGUGAACCGUCUGUCGCUCUCUCCUCAUCUUUGACGCCGAGUUCUUGCUCGAGCGCGACCGACGUGACUCCCUUUGACUCGACGGCCGCCCCCACCGUUGGAGACUUUGAACGGGCAUGCAGUACAAGCAGUUCCGUCGGCGACGUCAGUCCCAGCCGUCGGGCGUCCGUGGAGCCCGCGUCGUGUUCUGAUCAGACUCGACCUCAAGAAGACACGAUUCGCGAACUCGAGCAAUGGCUACGGCUCCUGCGUGCUCCUUUGUUACCCGUUGCCGAAAAAUAA